AUGUCACAACAUCAAGAUACAUUUGCUUCUAAAAAUACUAAGUCUACUCCAAAAUUUAGUGUUCCUCCCAUGGGCGUCCCUGAUGAUGAGAUUCUGGAUGUUGCUCUUCUCUCUGUUAUUCCCGCCACGGACAUUGAUUUGAACCAACCCAUCUCCAUUAAUACCUCCGCUUCUGCAUGUUCCAAUCAAGGUAAUCCCUCUAAUAUUCGGUCUGGUUCAACUCAUGUCACUAAGUAUAAGGAAGGAACACACUAUACUGAUCGUGUUACAAGAGACAUAGUUACUAGAAUUCUUAAUGAAGGUCACUCUGUGAAGGGGGUUUCUACUCCCCUUGCUCAAAUGUAUCCCCCUCCUGAGGUUGAACAACCUAGUGGUAAGGGUGGUGAUUCCUCCAGUUCUAAAAAGGCCUUGGCUACUGAAGGGUUGUGCUCUCUAGGGCAAACCGUGUCUGACAAAGGGAAAUAUGUGGCCUCUAACACAGCUAAUGCUUCCCACUCUGAGAAGCAUGAUGAUGCAAAUAUUGUGAUUGAUCUAGAGGAUGGUAGCUCUGAUGAUCAAGAGGAAAGCUUGAUUCAUCACAUAAAGCCAAGUGUGGCUAAACGCAUGAAGACUCACAAAGGAAAAUCUGUGGCUGAACUUAUGUCAGCUAGAAAAGCUAACAAGACUGUUGUUAUUGGUCCCUCCAAACCAUGGAGCAAGGUUGAAAUAAAGAAGAGGAAGAGAAGGGUAGUUGUGGAAAGGGAAUUGGAAAAAGAUGUUGUUGAUGUCAAGGAGGUCAUGGACCUGAUACAAGCUGAUGGGCUUUUGAAGACUGUUGUUGGGUUAUCUCAAUGCUACGAAGGUUUAGUCAAGGAAUUUAUUGUUAAUAUUCUUGAGGAUAUUUCUGAUAAGAACAACAAGGAGUUCUGCAAGGUGUAUGUGAGGGGCAGAAAUAAUGAGGGUGCAGGAGAAUUAGAGGUUACAGACAAUCAGGUAUGUAGGGAGAUUACAGCUAAGCAGGUGAAAGUUUGGCCUUUUAAAAAGCAUCUUUCUGCUGGGAAGUUGACUAUCAAGUAUGCUAUCCUGCAUAAAAUAGGAGCUGCUAACUGGGUCCCUACCAACCAUAUCUCCACCAUUGCUAAUACUCUUGGGAGAUAUAUGUUUGAUCAAAUCAUCAAGCAUGGAACUACUAAUGCAGUUAAGCUGCCAAUUGCUUUUCCCUCUAUGAUUUAUGGAAUUAUCUUGAAUCAACAUCCUGGUAUUCUGUGCUCAAAUUAUUUACCUAGUAGGAGAAAACCAGCUCUGUCUGUGCACUACAAACUCUUUGAAGGCAGUCAUGUCGAGGAUAUUGUCAUGACAUCUGCCAUGAGGAGGCCAGUCUCAAAAGUUGGAGCAAUUGCUGAGCUUAAGGAGACAUGCAAAGAGCUAGGUGAAGGGAUUAGGGCUGAGGGUGAAAAUGUUGAACAUGCUAAUGUCAGCCAUGAAGAAGAAGCUGAAGCCCACACCUCUAUUGAGAGGUCUGCUAACAAUGAUGAUGCGAGUGGCAACUCUACUUCUGGUGCUGCUGAAGAGGCUACAAACUCAAGCCCUACUAAAAUUCUUACAACUAUGUAUGUACUUGGUGAUGGGGAGAAUUUUGGUGUUUAUUUGUUUGGUAAAGGGGGAGAAUUCUAUGUGUUCUGUUUGUGUGAAGCAGUGUGGUUGUUGUUUGUUGUGGACUGGCUUAAGGGGGAGCUGUUGUCUUCUGGGAAGUUGCAUGGACUUGAGGGAGAGUACAAGCACUUGUGUGUCCUGAUGUUUGCUAGUUGGUUCUUGCUAGUGUUGUAUGUGCAAGUGCUUGUGUGUUUACUAGUUGUUAUUUUUGCUAGUGAUGUGUGUAUGUUUUCUUCUGCUGCUGAACUGAUGCUCUGA